AUGGCGAACGCACAUCCCAAAUCCGUCUACAAAAACAGAACUCCUCACAGGUUUUCUGCAGAAGUUCGAAGCUCACUUGGUCACACAACUUACUCCUGCAGUUAUACUGAAAUAACUUGACAUCAAAAUGACGAUUGAUGUGUACAUGAAACUGACUACGGGGCGUGUUUUUCACAUGCCCGUGUCGGAGAAUGAGACCAUACGGGAGCUGUGCGAGAGAGUAGCGGUCGAAGAGGGGGUUCCAGGCAACUGUUUACGGUUCAAGUACACGGGCAAAGUGCUCAACAAAGAUUAUACCAUCGGCUACCUCGGUGUCCGGCCAGAAACCAUUCUUAAGGCAGAUAUCAUAAAACCGAAGUCACUGACAGUGCAUGUGCAAUGCCCAAGUGGAGACACAAUCACUCUGGUAAUACAAAAUGUCACAGAGCUAAAGGAAAUCAUGCUAAGGAUAAAAGACCGGCGGGAAAAGCUCGGCCAAUACGAUCCCCAAAUCAACACAAGGUUACAAUUGAAUGGAAAAAACUUGGUGGGUGAGAACAAUAUUGCCCAAGAUCUAGGAAUUGUAGAUGAGUCUUCCCUGAAACUGGUUGAGCAGGCCCCUGCAGGUGAUCCCGUCGCUGUUCCCCCAGAAGAAGACCUCGACCAAGCAGCUCUUGAUGAGCUGAUGGCUACAUUUGCAGAAGGUUUUGGUACAGACCAGGAUGUUGAGGUUGUCUUCUCGUUUGAUACAACAGGCAGCAUGUAUGGUUCCCUCACUGAGGUAAGGAGUAAGCUGGACCAGACUGUAACUCGUUUACUGCGGGACAUUCCCAAGAUCCGUAUUGGAAUCAUGUCUCACGGUGACUUCUGUGACUAUGAAACUUACGUGGUUCGCUCCAUCGACCUGACCUCAAACCUUGAAGAACUUCUUGAGUACAUCAAUAAUGUGCCCAGAACAGGUGGAGAAGGUCCAAAUGCUUGCUAUGAAUGGGUAUUGCACAAGGCACAUGACCUAUCAUGGAGUGAAGAUGCAGCCAAAGCCUUGGUCAUCAUUGGUGAUGUGAAACCCCAUGAAGUCAGCUUCACAGACCAACACAUCAACUGGCAUGAUGAACUGGAUAGGCUCUGUCAGCGUGAAAUCAAGGUCUAUGGAGUUCAAGUCUACGACCAAACAGAGUUUACACCUUUCUACAAGGAACUAGCUGAGAAAUCUAGAGGGGCGUAUAUCAAGUUUGCACAUUUUAACUGCCUUACGGACAUGUUCCUUGCUGUUUGUUAUCGUGAGGCUGGGGAGGCUCAGCUCCAGCAGUACGCGGAGGAAGUCACACAAGACGGUCGCAUGACGGAGGAACUGACAGACAUGUUCAAGCAGCUGAAGGAUAAACCUUCUACAACUGAGGAUGAGAUCGAGAAGAAGGAGGAAACAGCUGAAGCCGGAGCAGCUGAAGAGACCAAAAAAGGCAACUAUGUAGCAUUACCGUGGUGGGACCCCAAACUAGACGAAUCAAAAGUCCCAGUUUUUACUUACUGCAGUGAAACAGACGUUUGGAAAAGAAAACCAGUAGUGUACAGACAAGGUUAUAAUGAUGGCCCACGAAAGAGGAGAGGAAUCAAGCGAUGUGUGGUCAUGUAAAUAAACAGCAUCCCAAGAAGACGACUCUUUACAUUCGAAUAAGCCAGUAUUAAAUGGAAGGUAUACAUUUUGUAAUUACUCAAACAAUUUAUUACCAUAGCAACUUACUUGGUCAGAAGCACUGCAAUUGUUGGUAAAGUAUAAUAUUUUGAGAAAUAUGAAUGUUGGCUUAGAGAGAGGUAUUUAAAAAUGUUUCAAUCUGGGAAAUAUUUUUGCAUGAAGUGGUUCUCAGUUUGUGUUUUUCCCAAUGACAGAGUCGUCUACCUCUGCUCGGACAUAACUGCUUUAGAUUUUUAUUUGACAUCUCUGGAACGCUAAUAAUGCCUUUUGAAAUAAAAUUUUCACAGGUUAGUUUUAUAUCCACAUUUAAUAUUGAUAUUGUUAUAAUAAUAUUAAUAUAAAAAAAACCUGGAUGACUGAGAAUAUUUGAGAAGAUCAAAACGAUUGAACAAAUCAAAACCCAUAAGGCACGCCUUGCCUCAAGACGAUGUUUACUUCCAUCACAAUCAAAAAUACCAAAUCAAACUCGAAAUUUGCUCAAGAAUUUAUCUUCAAUAUUAAUGGUACAACAGAUUAUAAAUAUUACACAAAACUAGGUGUUUUGCAACAAAGAUGAUAACAUGAAUGCUUGGAAGUACAUUAUUUGUAUUAUUUGUAUUUUUAUUAAUUAAACAGUGGUGAUUUGUAAAAAUGAAAAUUUUGUGAACAUAUUGGGAUGUUACCGAAGGAAAUGAUAAUGUGAAAAUGUCAAAUUGAUGGAAAUGAUCUAAGGUUAGUUUAAAAAACUCACUUUAAAGGGUGAUAGAAGAAGCAUUCAGCUGUUGGUAGACAACCCCAAGGCACCUGCCAAAGUUUGAAAUUUGAUUGUUUUACUCAUCAAAUAGUUGUCGUGGCCAAGUGGAUAAGAGCACCAAACUCAAGCUCUAGU